AUGUCUCAGAGCGAGGGGGAGGUGCUGGCUCUACCGGCCCCAGAGAACAGGGAGGAGGAGACGGUGGGGUCGGACAAGGUUUUGGAUGGUCUGGGCCAGGAGGAGAGCCCAGACUCAACCCCAGCAGAGCAGCCUGACAGUGGGGACGAGUGGGACACAGACUUGGAGGCUGAUGAGCUGGUUAGGAGAGACAGGCUGGUCUCCCCUACAGAGCUCUACCUGGUGGCCUGUCGUCUGACGGCUGUGAUCCCCUGCUCCUACGUCCUCCGUCAGCUAGCCUCCACCACCCUGGACCUCAACGAGCAGAGCACCCUGGACCUCAACCAUCAUGGCCUGGGACCGCUGGGUGCUAAAGCCCUGGCCAUCACCCUCCUGAGCGAUGUGCAGAUUAGUAACCUGGAGCUGAAGGACAACUACCUUCUGGCUGAGGGGACUGGCUACCUCAUGGAGAUGUUCAAGGAGAACUUUACUAUUCAGAGUCUAAACCUCUCCAACAACCACCUCCAGUCAGCAGGAUCUAAACGCAUCUGUAAAAUGCUGUUAGACAAUGUCUCCGUCAAAUCAAUCAACCUAUCAGGAAAUGGGUUCGUCGACGCUGAUGCCAAAAGGUUGGCAGACGCUCUGGCAAACAACUACAGGCUGAAAGACCUGGACCUGAGUCACAACCAGUUCUGUGACACGGGAGGAGAACACCUGGGACAGAUGCUAGCCAAUAACGAGGGCCUGGAGAUGCUGGACCUGAGCUGGAACCAUUUGAGGAUGAGUGGAGCCGUGACACUGUGUGCUGGACUAAAGGUGAAUGUAACCCUGAAGCAGUUGGACCUGUCCUGGAACGGGUUUGGCAGUGCCGGGGCGCAGGCUCUGGGGGAGGCCCUACGUCACAACAACACACUGGUGCACCUGGAUCUCAGCAACAACCGGGUCUCAGACGAGGGCACCGCUCUGCUCUGUAACGGCCUGGCCGCUAACGACAGCCUCAGGAUCCUACGGGUGGUCUCAGACGAGGGCACCACACUGCUCUGUAACGGCCUGGCAGCCAACGACAGCCUCAGGGUCCUCAGGCUGGCCCAUAACCCUUUAACCCAGCUGGGAGCUCUGACUCUACUCAACAGCGUCAGAAACAACCCCAAGUCAGCCCUGGAAGAGAUUAACAUCUCCACGGUGCUGGUAAACGAGGCAUUUGUGGAGCUGCUGGAGGCAGUGUGCCAGGACCAUUCAGGUCUGAAGGUUCAGUACCAGGGGGUUACGGGCUCUAUCACCAGGACCAAAAAACCCUGCAUCGCACUCAACAUCAUACAGGACUUCCUUGCAGAGCGAAAGGAGGGCCUGAUAGAGUUGUUCCAGAGUUUGGAUAAAGAGGGAAACAUGUCUGUGAACAACACGGAGUUCAGGAAGGCUGUGCAGGUCUGA